UGUCCUUCUCCGUGAACCUUCUACAUGCUAAAUGUCACGUGUAAAUUUCACGAACCUUGAUCAAAUCGCCCCAGGGGCGAUUUGUCUUCACCGUCGUCUUCACCGUCGUCCUGUUUUUAAACUUGUAUUGUUAUUUUUUUUUUGUAAAUCAGGGACGCUCUUCGCUCACAGCUGAAUGCCCCACGGCGACCUCCUCUUUCGAUUGUACCUUGACCUAUACCCUCUCAAUGUUGAUGAUACUUUCAUAUACACUGUGAUGAUGAUAAAUAUAGGUACAUAACAUACCUACAUGUACAUACUACAGGUACAUACAUGAUAAGUACUUGAUGUACCUACAGAUCCUGCCAAAAACAUAAGUAAUCUUCCCGGAAACCAGGGUGCAGGGGCCUUGGGUGCAGUCAUGGAUAAGAACUGUCAAAAUAAGUCCAGCAUCAGAAAGCAGCUCAACACUGAAGAUGAUUUAAGGAGUUGUGUGCAGAUCGACCAUGAGGAGCCAGCAUCAUCUAGCGACAGCACUGCAGAGGAUAGUGUGCAUACCGAUGGGGCCAACAAGCUGGCCAUGGCGGCUGACUUUGGUGGCGCCGACGCCAGCCGUCCGGCCGGUGCUGGGAGGGAGGGAGCAGACGUCUCGUCUGCGGGCGGAGACAGCUGUGCUGGGGGUGAUCCUGAGGGCGCCCGGUCUGAGCCGUCAGGGCAUGUGAGCGGCCCGGCGGCCCGGCAGGACACCGGACAGCCGUCUGCGCGCUGCUCGGACUGCGCGGAGGAGCCGGCAGCGGGCAGUGAGCGCCGGGCCGCGCCGUCAGACAGCGCUACCGGCAGCCAGAGGGGAGGCGCCGACAGCAGCAGCCAGCCCGCCGACCGGCUCACCGCCCAGGCCCGGCUGCAGGAGGCCAUCGACAAGGUCGAACAGCUCGAUCGCAGUCUGGAAAAGAAGCUGAAGGAAAACCUGGAGGCCAAGGCUGUGACGGCCGACCUGCGCGCUCUGGUGCGUCGCGAGCUGGCGGAACUGGACGGCCGCCGCGCCGGCCGGCAGGCCAGCCGUGAGGAGGCCGACAACACGCUGCAGUUUCUGCGCGUCCUCGUCGACAACGACUCGGAGUCGGAGACGAGCGGCCGGGUGACGCCCAUCUUCCAGACUCAGGUGCGCUUUGGGCGCGCUGAAGUGCCGGCGGCUCCGGCCGCUGACGGCCCCGGGCCCGCGGCUCCGGCCGACAGGGCCGACCGCAGUCCGGACGAGCCGGGCGGUCCGCUGGACGGUCCGCCGCCGCCGCUCGGUCACCCGGCCAGCCACCAGUACUUCAUCAGGAGAAACAUCGAGCUGGCCCAGGAGGCCGGCGGCGCGCUGGCCAUGACGGACGAGGAUCGCCGCCGGGUGGAGCAGCUGCUGGACCAGGACGACGACCGGCUGGAAAACGCCUUCAGCGUCGACGAGCAGCACCGCCGGCUGCUCAGCUCGCUCGACGACCGACUCAGCAGUCUGGGCGCCAGUGUAGCCGGCCCGGCCGGCUCGACGUCCCUGGUCAGCCAGCCGGCUGGCGUCGGUCCGCCGACCGACGGCGGCGGCGACUCGGAGCCCGACUACCUGCAGGCGAGCCGGCACGACCGGGAGGCCAGCGCGCACCUGGAGACGCUGCACCGCCGCCUCCAGCGGCUGGCCGAACCCGCGGUACGGCGCGACGCGAGGACGCCGGCGGCAGCGGUCCGCGCGGCCCGUACACGGCUCAGCUGUCUCGCACGGCUCACAUAUCUCUGGGACUUUUUGCUACGGCUGUUCACUUUUUGCCGCAGUCAUGCCGGACAGAAGUGGGCCCGCUGUAACCGGUCGUCCUGCUGCUCCGUGCCGGCAGGAAGUGCGCCCCCUGGACCGCUCUGCCGUGGACGCUAUGGUCCAGGAGACGAUCGCGUCGCUGGCGGCGGCUCCGGGCGGCCUGGGCGACCCGGGCGCCGGCUCACUGGUCUCGGUGCCGUGCCGCGGCUCGGACGGCGGCGGCGCGCCCAGCGAGGCGCCCACAGAGGCCACCCUGGACGUGCGCUCCGUGCUGAGCGGCACGCGACUGGACGAGAACGAGCGGCAGCUGGCGGCCGAGCUGCGGCCAGACUCGCCCACCGCCUGGCUGGUGGCCGUCAGCCAGGGAGACCAGCGGCUGCAGCUGGUGGUGCCGCGGCUGAGCCGAGCGCUGAUCGCGUCCCUGCUCUCCGGCGACCACGAGAGCGGCGCAGACGUCACCGCCGGCGGCCACUGCCACCACGAGACCGGCGCAGACGCCACCGCCGGCGGCCACUGCCACCACGAGACCGGCGCAGACGUCACCGCCGGCGGCCACUGCACCGCCGGCUCGCCGACACUGGUCCACGACUGACGGAUUGGACUGGUGGACUGACGGACUGGACUGGUGGACUGGUCCGGGACUGACGGACUAGACUGACGGACUGGACUCAUGUACUGGACUGAUGGGCUGACAACGACUGACGGACUGGUCCUAGACCGGCGGAUCAAACUGACGGACCGGUCUUACGCUCGACUUACGGGGACGAAUGGACUGGACUAAUGGACUUACGGACUGACAGACUGACCCGGGACUGAUGGACUGGUCCGGGACUGACUGACUGGACUGGUGGACUGGACCGGUACUGACGGACUGGUCGCACUGGCGGUCAGGCCGGGGUGUGACGGGACUGGCGGACGUGCUGUUCAUCGGUGCGGGCUGACGACUGACGACUGCGGGCGGAGCGCGCCGAGCCGAGAACGGACACCAGUCCGGUCUACGGCGGCAGUUCGGACUGGCGGUCAGCUGACGAAUGAGUCUGUAGCCGGAGACUGGUCAAAGUCGGGUCAGACUGAUGGACUGACGUGUCUGACAUUGUCAGUGUGUCUGGGCGGGAGAGGGACGCGCAGCGGACAGCUCGAGUUGCUCGAGGCGAUCUCGGUUAGGUGCUAUAAAUUUAUGUCAUGUACGUACUGUUGAUGCUUGGGACACUGUAUAACACCGUACGUGUUGGAAGGUCACAUUGCGUUUCGCGGUUUACGACAUGCAGACAUUUCUAGUCAUCUGGACUGGUCAGUGGUCAUUUCUACUGUAAAUUGUUCGGCAGCGAGCGCGUCGUAUCAAUGCGGCUGGUGACACAUUGUUCUGCCAGCCUUACUAUACACACCUGAAAAAGAAUAGGUAUAUGAGGCCUUAUAAUAAAUGGUUUCCAGA